AAGAUGAGCUGAAUCUUCUGGUUAUCAUAGUUGAUACCAACCCAAUUUGGUGGGGAAAGCAAGCAUUAAAGGAAUCUCAGUUUACUUUGUCCAAAUGCAUAGAUGCCGUGAUGGUGCUGGGGAAUUCCCAUUUAUUCAUGAAUCGCUCCAACAAACUUGCUGUGAUCGCAAGCCACAUCCAGGAGAGUCGGUUCUUGUAUCCUGGAAAGAAUGGCAGGCUUGGAGACUUCUUCGGAGACCCUGGAAACCCCGCUUCCGAAUUUAAUCCCUCAGGGAGUAAAGAUGGGAAAUACGAGCUGCUGACCGCCGCGAACGACAUCAUCGCCGAAGAGAUUAAGGAUCUGAUGACCAAGAGUGAUAUUAAGGGUCAACAUACAGAAACUCUGCUGGCUGGAUCUCUCGCCAAAGCCCUGUGUUACAUUCAUAGGAUGAACAAGGAAGUUAAAGAUAAUCAGGAAAUGAAAUCAAGGAUCUUGGUGAUCAAGGCUGCGGAAGACAGCGCGCUACAGUACAUGAACUUCAUGAAUGUCAUCUUCGCGGCGCAGAAACAGAAUAUUUUGAUUGAUGCCUGUGUUUUAGAUUCUGACUCAGGACUCCUCCAACAGGCCUGUGACAUCACAGGAGGUCUGUAUUUGAAGGUGCCUCAGAUGCCCUCCCUUCUGCAGUACCUCUUGUGGGUUUUUCUCCCCGAUCAAGACCAGAGGUCUCAGCUGACCCUCCCACCCCCGAUCCAUGUUGACUACAGGGCUGCGUGUUUCUGCCAUCGAAACCUCAUCGAAAUCGGCUAUGUGUGUUCUGUGUGUUUGUCGAUAUUCUGUAAUUUCAGCCCUAUCUGCACCACAUGCGAGACAGCCUUUAAGAUUUCCCUGCCUCCCGUGUUGAAGGCCAAGAAAAAGAAACAGAAAGUGUCUGCAUGAUUAUAAAACGUUAUCCCUGUCUUGUAGAGCUAUUAAUAGAAAUUAUAUGGCAGAAUA